CGUUUUUCUAAAUAGUAGCGUUUUGGGGCUAUUUUAAGAAAACUAAUUAGAAAAAGCCAUCUUUAAAGAGCUCUAGCUCCCUUAGGAGAUGUUUUCGGAUUAGAUGAAUUGGGUUAAAUUAUUUGAGGAAUUUCCCGUCUUCGUUUGUCGGGAGAGUUUCUGGAUACCCUUUAUAGUACCAAAAACACAUUUUGCAACCUGACUGAGUGAGUGGCCCGACAAAAUCCUCAUUUCCCUGGUCUAUUUCCUAGAAAACAACGCUGUAGAAAAUAACUGCAAUUACACGACCUGCUCGUUUAUCAGUCAGCUACAUAAAAACAAUUUUCCCGAUAACAUUGACCACGAACUAGUCUAGCAUUGCAUCAUGCGUCAAGAACAAAGCAAUAUGUAGUAACAGUGGUAUUAGAAGAAAUAGUGCAGAAAUGAGUUUCGUUACCUAUUCGACAUCGUGCAAGCAUGAAGAUAAAGAUGAAGGUAUUGUCCUGUAUGAAAAGAGACUGCACAGUGUGCCCAGCAAUACUAAUGAAAGAGUUCAAACAUUAUCAUCAAAGACGUCAUCAACCAUUAACUAUAAUGCUACUACUUUGCGGAAAGAACUUAUCAGUCUAGGUUUUCCUGCUGGACCUGUUACUGACACUACCAAAACGGUGUACUUAAAUAAAUUGUACCAGCUGAAGAAACUAUCAACCAAGACGUCAUCAACCAUUAGCUAUGAUGCUAAUACAUUGCGGACAGAACUCAUCAGUCUAGGUUUUCCUGCUGGACCUGUUACCGAUACUACCAAGAGGGUGCACUUAAAGAAAUUGUACGAGCUAAAGAAACUAUCGUCUACUGAACGUGAAGAGAGGAGAAAAAUCGAAUCAAAAAAAGUGUAUUCUCCAGAACUAGAGGCCACUCUUAAAAAUUCCAGUUGGACUACCAAUCUAUCAGCUUACAAAUUAUUGGAAGAUGCACUUGUAAAGCAAUUCAGCUCUCCGUCCACAAUGAGAAACUUUCGAGAGGGGAACAGUAAGUCUUCGUUUACUUAUUUGUUGUUAGAUCCGAGAAAAACGGAAAAUCUACCAUGUAGGGCGGAUACCAUGGACUCCAAAGAUGUUUGGGAAACGUUCCUUUCUUCUAUAUUCUAUGUUGGAAAGGGUAAGAAAAAUCGCCCAUAUUCUCACCUCUACGAUGCAAUAGCACACUAUAAACAGGGGAAUCCCCCGACUACUGAUCAGAAAAUCAAGAGCAUCAUAGAUAUAUGGGAAAACAAAUUGGGGGUGGUCGUUCUACAUAUUUUCCACAAUAUAAUCCCCGUUGAGGCCUAUACCAGAGAAGCCGCCAUGAUAGAGGCUCUAAGAAUGGAGAAUGUUGCGAAUAUGAAGAUCGGGGACUUCUAUGGUACAGCUUCGAUGUGGAAACGGAAGGAGAAGUGCAUGUUGGGGACUUAUUUGUUGUAUAAGGCAAUGAAUAUAUUUUUACAGGAGGGAGAGAGGCAGCUAUCACUAAGUGAUAUAGAAUGUGGGUGAAGUUUUAGUGCUUUUUAAGUUCUUUUUCGGGGCGAUUAGUUUGCAAUUAGUCAAUCACACAAAAAUGUGUUUUAGAAGUAGAACUGUACUAAAUUUACAUUCAGGAUGCAGUAGAAAUAAACAAACCAAGACACGUUAAAUGCUACUAGAAGCAUUCCUCAUUCUCGAAUCAUAAUUUACAAUGUAUAAACUUUGGAAAUCAUGAUUUGUGAUUUCCAAAGUUUAUACAUUGUAAAUUAUGAUUCGGAAGUGCUCCUGCUCGAGUAGCAUUUAACAUGUCUUGGUUUGUUUAUUUCUACUGCAUCUUGAUUGUAAAUUUAGUACUUAUGGUAGACGUUUUCUACACUAGAAACUUAAAUCAUUUUUAUUUCAAUAAAAUACUUGGUGUGUUUGUAAAGUAUUUUGAAAUAAAAAAGAAACAAGUCUAGUUUUCUUAACAAUAUUGUAUCGUAGUUUAAAGUAAGUAUCCUAUCAUUCAACCACUUUUUAAAUCCCAUUUUUGUGGAAGGUUGUCACGUGACUGAAUAUUGCAAUGUGGCGAUACUGCCGCAGUUUUGAUCUCAUAAUUGCCACCAUGAUAGGCCUGGAUCCGGCGUACCGAAAAAAAGUUUAUUAAUAGCAAGCUGAAAAUUUGUUAUAGCUUAACGGUGUCUAGUCGGACAAACUUUGAUGAAGGGGAACACUGGAACAAGGGAAGUUUUAAUUGUGGAACAGGUUAAAAAUUUGGAACGUUCCAUGUAUUUUAUCGGACAGAAGUUCCAAUCGAUUUGUUACCCUUUCAUUAAACUCUCAUGCAAAAAUCAGACUGCUAUUUACCACCAAUCUAAUUCCUGUCAUUUGACAUGUUCUACGUAUCGGACUUAAUAAAAUGCCCAACAUAUUUGUCGGAUAAACAUUUUUUCAUAUAUUAUAUAAAGUUUGCUAUCGAAUAAACUUAAAAAACAACCUACUAAUUUUCACAAUCUUAAACUUGUCAGGAUUACACGUUCCACAAAUAAAACUUUCGCUGUUCUAGUGUUCCCAUACAUCAAAGUUUGUCCGACUAGACACCGUUAACGUAUUAACAAAUUUUCAGCUUGCUAUUAAUAAACUUUUUUUUGGUACGCGGGAUCCAGGCCUAUUAACGCUGGCUUACCAGGAAAGAGAGUUACUGAGUAUUACCAAAGUUACCAUUCACCAAUACAAAAUGACCUGUUUACGUAGUGUUCCAUCAGUCGUAAUCUUUUCCCAACACAUUUAAAUUAUCUCACUAUGAAUGUGAGCCAUUUUCAAUGGGAAGAAUUUUUUUGAAUUUUUCAAUUCAAAGAAAACGAAUCAUAAUUUUCUUAGCCGACGGAAGUGAUGUAAUGACAGAUAUGUGAGCACACUGGACGCAUGGGCAAAUACCAACUUACUCGCGCAUAUAUUUUUAUUACGCGUAUGCGUAAUAAUUAUAAAUAAUUUUGUAGCAAAAAAGAAAUUUUACUGCUGAAUUGAAUAUCUCAUAUAUUUUAACGGUUAAAAUUAAUCACCCAAAAAUCGAUUUACAUACUUAAAUUGUACCAUUGUACCAAUUUCCUUAACUCUUAAGUGCAAGGCUUGUUAACUAUUGAAUGGUUUUAUUAAUAAUUAUGUAGGUAUAUUUAAUUGAAAGAAAUAUAUUAUUUUUGGUUAAA